CUCCCCCCUCCCCCCCUACCGAAAUCCCCACGCAACUGCGCACCACCGGAGGCCAGCAGCCGGCCGCGGAGGGAGGAAGAAAAUCUGCGCUCCUCGCCAGUCGGCAGCCAGUGCCCGCUACUUAUACGCCCGGCUCGCCUCGCCCCCCUCCCCUCACAGUCCGCCCCCUUCCCCCCUCCCACCUCCGGCCCAGCCCCGAUCCAUCCCGUCUCAGUGAGCAAACAUGGCGCCAUCCAUGAGUCUUGCUGCAAAAGGGCUGCUCCCCUUCGGAGCGCUCCCCUCGAGCGGCGUCGCGCAGAGGCCGGUGUCCGUGACCGCCUCCCUGGAGCACAAGCGGAACGAUUCUAAGAGGAAGCUCCUGAAGCUUGCGCUCGGAGGAGUCGGCCUGCCCGCCCUGCUGAGUGCCAACAAGGCUCUCGCCGAUGACCAGGGCGUCUCUUCCUCCAGGAUGUCCUACUCGAGGUUCCUCGAGUACCUCGACAAGGACAGGGUGAAGAAGGUCGAUCUGUUUGAGAACGGGACCAUUGCUAUCGUGGAGGCCAUUUCUCCCGAGCUCGGCAACCGCGUGCAAAGAGUCCGUGUGCAGCUUCCCGGCCUCAGCCAGGAGCUUCUCCAGAAGUUGAGGGAGAAGAACAUUGACUUUGCUGCACACAACCAGCAGGAGGACUCCGGUAACCUUCUCUUCAACCUUAUCGGGAACUUGGCCUUCCCGCUCAUCCUUAUCGGCGGUCUGUUCUUGCUGUCGAGAAGAGGAGGGUCUGGUGGCAUGGGUGGACCCGGUGGGCCUGGCUUCCCUCUUGGUUUUGGCCAGUCCAAGGCCAAGUUCCAGAUGGAGCCCAACACCGGCGUUACGUUCGAUGACGUUGCUGGUGUUGACGAAGCAAAGCAGGACUUCAUGGAAGUGGUUGAGUUCCUGAAGAAGCCAGAGAGGUUCACCGCUGUUGGUGCCCGCAUUCCCAAGGGUGUGCUGCUUGUUGGUCCUCCUGGAACUGGUAAGACUUUGCUUGCCAAGGCGAUCGCAGGAGAGGCUGGCGUGCCAUUCUUCUCGAUAUCGGGUUCUGAGUUCGUGGAGAUGUUUGUUGGUGUUGGUGCCUCCCGUGUUCGUGAUCUCUUCAAGAAGGCCAAGGAGAAUGCUCCUUGCAUAGUGUUUGUUGAUGAAAUUGAUGCUGUUGGGAGGCAAAGAGGAACAGGUAUCGGUGGUGGGAACGAUGAAAGGGAGCAGACUCUCAAUCAGCUACUGACUGAGAUGGAUGGUUUUGAGGGCAACACUGGCAUCAUUGUUGUUGCUGCCACCAACAGGGCUGACAUCUUGGAUUCCGCUUUGCUUAGACCUGGACGCUUUGACAGACAGGUGAGUGUUGAUGUUCCUGAUGUACGUGGAAGGACAGAGAUUCUCAAGGUGCACGGUAGCAACAAGAAGUUUGAUGCUGAUGUUUCCCUUGAGGUCAUUGCAAUGAGAACACCUGGGUUCAGUGGAGCAGACCUGGCGAAUCUUCUGAAUGAGGCAGCCAUAUUAGCAGGCCGACGUGGGAGGACCGGAAUCUCCUCGAAGGAGAUUGACGAUUCAAUCGACAGAAUAGUGGCUGGUAUGGAAGGAACUGUCAUGACAGAUGGGAAGAGCAAAAGCCUUGUUGCUUACCACGAAGUUGGCCAUGCAGUUUGCGGAACUUUGACGCCUGGCCACGACCCCGUCCAGAAGGUUACCUUGGUUCCAAGGGGUCAAGCCCGUGGUCUCACCUGGUUCAUUCCCAUGGAUGACCCAACGCUCAUCUCUAGGCAGCAGCUCUUUGCCAGAAUCGUCGGCGGCCUUGGCGGCAGAGCUGCUGAGGAGAUCAUAUUCGGAGAUUCUGAGGUGACCACCGGAGCUGCCGGUGACCUGCAGCAGAUCACCGGCUUAGCCAAGCAGAUGGUGGUGACGUUCGGCAUGUCGGACAUCGGCCCGUGGUCUCUGAUGGACGCGGCGCAGAGCGGGGACGUGAUCAUGCGGAUGAUGGCCAGGAACUCCAUGUCGGAGAAGCUGGCGCUGGACAUCGACUCGGCGGUGAAGCAGCUGUCGGACAAGGCCUAUGAGAUUGCCCUGCAGCAGGUGAGGGACAACCGCGUGGCCAUGGACAAGAUCGUGGAGGUGCUCCUGGAGAAGGAGACGCUGAGCGGUGACGAGUUCCGGGCCAUCCUGUCCGAGUUCACCGAGAUCCCCGUCGAGAACCGGGUGCCCCCGACGCCCCAGGCCGCCGUCCCGGUCUAGGUUCGCCCGCGUUUAUAGGGUUGGAGAAUUUGUUGUUGUUGUAAGAUGUUCAUAUUUCUUGGAUGUACACUAAUUCCUACUCGAGGCACGGCAUGUAAUGUAACUCACUCGCGGUUAAUUAUAAGAUGUAAUUACCAGGGAA